AUGGCGACAACAGCCCCCUCCUCCGCCAACGGCGCAGCAGCGGCAGCACAACGCGCACAAGCGCAGAUCCAGCCCUGCCGGUACAAGACGGGCAAGACGCUGGGCGCGGGCAGCUACUCGGUCGUCAAGGAGUGCGUGCACAUUGAUACCGGCCGGUACUAUGCUGCGAAGGUUAUUAAUAAGAGACUGAUGGCCGGGCGCGAACAUAUGGUCCGCAAUGAAAUCGCCGUGCUGAAGCGCGUCUCCAUGGGCCACCAGAACAUCCUGACGCUCGUCGACUACUUUGAGACGAUGAACAACCGUGAGCCUUGCCCCGCCCCACUUUCGGUCCCUCGACGCCUCGCUGACCCUCGUCGCGCGCACGCUACAGUCUACCUAGUGACGGACCUCGCGCUCGGCGGCGAGCUGUUCGACCGCAUCUGCCGCAAAGGCAGCUACUACGAGUCGGACGCGGCAGACCUGAUCCGGGCGACGCUGUCGGCCGUCGCGUACCUGCACGACCACGGCAUCGUGCACCGCGACCUCAAGCCCGAGAACCUGCUGUUCCGCACGCCCGAGGACAACGCCGACCUGCUCAUCGCCGACUUUGGCCUCAGCCGCAUCAUGGACGAGGAGCAGUUCCACGUCCUUACCACCACCUGCGGCACCCCGGGCUACAUGGCGCCUGAGAUUUUCAAGAAGACGGGUCACGGCAAGCCUGUCGACAUCUGGGCCAUAGGCGUAAUAACGUACUUCCUACUCUGCGGCUACACGCCCUUCGACCGCGACUCCAACCUUGAAGAAAUGCAAGCGAUCCUCGUGGCCGACUACAGCUUCACGCCGCUCGAAUACUGGCGGGGCGUAACCCCCACGGCGCGCGAAUUCAUCAAGCGCUGCCUCACCAUCGACCCCCGCGCGCGCAUGACAUCGCACGAAGCGCUCUCGCACCCAUGGAUCGCGGACCCAUCCACGAACGUCAAGGACCCCUCCACAGGCGGGAAAGAAGACCUCCUCCCCACCGUCAAGAAGAACUUCAAUGCGCGGCGCACGCUGCACGCCGCCAUCGACACGAUCCGCGCGAUCAACCAGCUGCGCGCUGGCGGGGGCGCGGCGGCCAUGGACGGCGCGCGCAGCCAUGAGCCUGGCCGCGACCAGGGGCCUGGCCCGGAUGUUAGGGCGCUGGGGCCUGUCGACGAGGGCGACGGCGAUGCCAUGCAGGUUGAUGGCCGGGCAGAUGGCCACGGCCAGACGGACGAGAUGAUCAGGGCCCAGGAGCAGCGGAUUAGGGAUACCCAGGCGGGCAUGUGGGCUGCGCAGCGGUGAGGGAGUGAGCGAGUGAGUGAGCGAGCGAGUGUUGGCGAGCGCCGAGGAGCACGUAAGCGCUAGCACGCGCGGAAGAUGAUGGAAGGGGUAGAUAUG